AUGAGAACAAGGGGUGGGGUUUGCUAUCCUAGAGUCGGAGGAGCAGGAGAUGUGUGCUUUCAGAAGAAGAGGAAGAAGGACUUCGCCGGAGAACGCUGUGUCUGUCGGAAACGGAAUAAAAUCUCGCCGGAGACAACUACCGGCAGAGAACGCGCCUCCUCCUCCUCUUCGUCGACGGCGUCGGUCGAUUUGUUCGACUCUUUACCCGACGACCUCCUCAUUCUAAUUCUCUCCAAACUCAGCUCCACCGCCAAUUCCCCUUCCGAUUUCAUCAGCGCCUCGAUAACAUGCAAGAGAUUAAAUGGUUUAGCUCUCCAUUCUCUGGUGGUCUCCAAAGCUUCACCGAAGACGUUCGUCCUCAAAGCCAAGAAUUGGUCCGAGUCGGCUCAUCGAUUCUUAAAGCUCUGCGCCGAUGCCGGCAACGUCGAGGCCUGCUACACUCUUGGCAUGAUUCGCUUCUAUUGUUUGCAAAACCGAGGGAGCGGAGCCUCGCUCAUGGCCAAGGCGGCGAUUGGCUCUCACGCGCCGGCACUCUACUCGCUCGCUGUCAUUCAGUUCAACGGCAGCGGCGGCUCCAAAAACGACAAGGACCUCCGGGCUGGGGUAGCGCUGUGCGCGCGUGCAGCGUUUCUUGGACACAUCGACGCGCUGCGCGAGCUCGGCCACUGCCUGCAGGACGGUUACGGAGUCCGUCAGAACAUAACGGAAGGGAGACGGUUUCUGGUCCAGGCCAACGCGCGUGAGCUGGCAGCGGUUUUGUCGUCCGCGGCAGCCUCGGGAGUGCCCAUGCGGCAGCUGCUGACGUGGACCCCACUCCCGCACCCACAUCCUCAUCCUCAUCCUCAGCUGGGGCACCUGACCGGGUCGGGCUGCCCGCUGCUUAGCGACUUCGGGUGCAACGUGCCCGCUCCGGAGGUGCACCCGGCGAACCGGUUUUUGGGAGAGUGGUUCGCUGCUCGGGACGGUUCGCCUGGACCGGGUUUGAGGCUUUGCUCGCACGUGGGGUGUGGGAGGCCGGAGACUAGGAGGCACGAGUUUCGUCGGUGUUCGGUGUGUGGGGCCGUGAACUACUGCUCACGUGCCUGUCAGGCGCUGGAUUGGAAGCUGCGCCACAAGGCUGAGUGCGCCGCCGUGGAGAGGUGGGUGGAUGAGGAGGGUGAUGGUGCUGACGGUGACGGACCUGUCAAUGGGGGUGAUGACGAAAUGAGCUGA